AUGCCUGUUGACAGAAAUCGGCGACUGCCGAAUCACAUCGAUUUGUCACGCAGACGAAGAACUCGUCGGGGUUCGAAUACUAGGGAGGUUAGAGCGGUUAAUAGAGCCAAUUACGGAAUUGGUGAUUUAGCGUCCACUUCGUUCUUCAGAUAUCAUCCUGAGCACGAUAUCAAGCACGAUAUCUUUGGAAUGAUUCAGAAACACGGACUACUUUGCCUGAUGAACAAGACGCUAGCCGAUAGAAGGGUGGGAAAACCAUUCAAGUACUAUAACAAGUAUUUGGGAGUUGGAACAAAGAGAACUUAUAAUGAUAUGGACAGGGAUAUUGUUGCGAGUGACUUUAUGAACGAGCAGGACUCGUUCGAUCGUCAGAAAAUAGCAGCUUCCAGCUUCUUGAGACCUGGCGUCACAUAUGAUAUUGAAAAUUCCAGUGGAACGUCUUUCAAUUUGAAAUUCUCUGACAUAUCCUACACCAACGAGAAAGUAUGCGGAUAUUUCGAAUCCCAGAGUGUUACUAUCCCGUUUACUGGAAGUGUCGUUGAUUUCAUACAUACCGAUCUCAGAUGUAGAGAAAGCGGUAAAAUUAGCAUCGAAUCCUCGAUAUUCAGUAACCUUCUCCGCAACUUUCUAUGCUUUGAUAGAACUCUGAAAGAGUAUGUUGGUCGAAGAGGCGAUAAAACAAGUGUGUUCAAUAUGGACAAGCUUGGGUAUUUGUCACUCCAUGGGAUUUAUCACCAGUCAAACUUGAGGUAUCCACAAAGAACGAAAUUCCCCAAUUCUUCUCUUUUCCAUAGAAUCGAGAAUAUGUGUGGAAACAGUGGAUCUACCUAUAAGUUACUGGCCAAAUGGUUUGAUAUUCCUCCAUUCAACGAAUUUAUGAACACACCCUCUCCACCUACACCACCGAAUGGCAGGAGAAAAUGCGUGAACAAUCCUGAAAACCUCUUGAUUUGCAAUGACUGCAUUGACCUUAUGCUUAAGAACUUUAUCUUUUUGAAAUUAGAAAUCGAUCUCGAGGACUUGCUUAAGGAUCCCAAUGAACCUUGCAGGGAUUUACAGAUCCGCAACGAUAUGGUUUACAAGAGAAGAAGAUGGCUUAAGCCUCUGGCAUCGAGUAUGAACUUUUCUUGUAGGCAUGAUUCUAGUGAUGCUGCCAGCUCUGCAGUGAGAUUUUCUCUUGGCGAUGAAGCAGACCAAGGAUAUAGAAGUGAAGAGGAGCUUGGGGGAGAGGAGGACGAGGAUAAGGAUGAAGAUGAGGACGCGGAUGAUGAUGAAGAUGACUAUAGAGACGAUUUCCUGUCCGACAGAGAGAACGAAGAUGAUAGGGAAUACUAUGAAGAUGAAGAGGAAGAUGAGGAGGAUGAGGAAGAAGAAGAAAAUCUUGAGGCGGAAGACGAAGAUGGAAAUACUGAUGAAUUAAGAGAAAUACAAUUGUCCAGCGGACGAUCAAGGCGUAUUGAGAGCCUCCUCUUUGAACGCAACAUUGCAAGAGGGCAGCUGCAUCACCGCAAGGGACAUGUGCUGGCCCGAAAGCUUUAUAAGAAUUCUCCAUCUCAAAAAUUGAAAUUGAGGCUUCUUGUCAGUAUCAAUAGGAUUACUGGUGAUCUCUAUAUGAUACCAGGGAACUUGGAUAAGAACAACUGGAGUUCUGAAGAGAACGAUGGAGAAUUAUUCUCUGAUUAUGAAUCGUUUAAUGCGCUUUUCCAGACUUUUAUUGGACCUAAGAAGCUGCUGCCUUUGAGUCGCAUGAAGUACUGGAUGGAUCAGAAUAAACCAGAAGAGACGCAGAGGGUUCAAAAGCUUCUUUUAUUACUGGCAAUCACGACACCGUCGCUUUUCGAGUCGAUGAAUUCCACCACUGAAAUAGGAGUACACCAGCACCAACAACAGCAACAGCGCGAUCGCAUCAGUAAUAGAGAAACGGAAUUCAGGGACUCGUUGAUUGGCUACUUCAAUGAUAAUAUCAACUUCCGGUUUGAUUCUCGAAAGGUUAUGAGAAUGAAACCAAACAGGAACGUAAUGACGGGAGGAAGGACAAACACCAAUAAGGGUAGUUUGAACUGUUUAGGACGAUUCUAUUCAUUCGGCUUGGUGUAA